CUUUCACUCUGUCCUCUCUAAUACCUGCUGGCCCAUGUGACCAAUUAAGACACAUUCAUUCCAAUUUCCACCUAAUAACCCUUCAUAAUUCCUUCUCUCAGAUCUACUUUACCAACUUCAUUAAACUCAACUCAAAAACACAACAUCACAACAACACAACACAACACAACACAACCUAGUAUAGUAUACAUGUUCUUAAUUACAUCAUACAUAUCACAUCCCUUUCAAUUUCCUUUGCUAAAAUCAUGCAAACCCAUCUUCAAUUUUUGUUACCAUUUUUUCUCUUCUUUUUUGUACCAAUUUUAUCUCAAGUUGACCAACUCUUAUAUCCAGGAUUCAAGAACCUUAGUCCUAAAAAUCUAACCUUGAAUGGAAUUGCUGAGAUAGAGAAAAAUGGUAUAAUAAGAUUAACAAAUGAAACAAGCAGAUUAUUGGGUCAUGCUUUUUAUCCUUUACCUUUUCAACUAAAGAACAAAACAACUGGUAAAGUUUUCUCUUUUUCUUCAUCUUUUGCUCUUACUGUUGUUCCUGAAUAUCCUAAACUUGGUGGUCAUGGCAUGGCUUUUACAUUAGCACCUUCUAAAGAUCUUAAAGCUUUACCUAGUCAAUAUCUUGGUCUUCUUAAUUCUAGUGAUGUUGGUAAUUUCUCUAACCAUCUUUUUGCUGUUGAGUUUGAUACUGUUCAAGAUUUUGAGUUUGGUGAUAUUAAUGAUAAUCAUGUUGGUAUAAACAUCAAUAGUAUGAAGUCAAAUGCUUCUGUUACUGCUGGUUAUUAUAAUGAUGAUUUAGUAGUACAAAAUAUUAGUAUUAAAAGUGGUAAACCAAUUUUAGUUUGGGUUGAUUAUGAUUCUUCAAUUAAUCUUAUUAGUGUUACACUUUCACCAACUUCAAAUAAACCUAAAAAACCAAUCUUGAAUUUUAGUGUGGAUUUAUCACCUAUUCUUCUGGAUACUAUGUAUGUUGGUUUUUCUGCUUCAACUGGUUUACUUGCUAGCUCUCAUUAUGUUUUGGGUUGGAGUUUCAAAAUUAAUGGGCCAGCACCAUUUCUUGAUUUGUCUAAACUUCCACAACUUCCACAACCUAAGAAGAAAAACACUUCUUUGAUAAUCGGUGUUUCGGUUGCGGCUUCGGUUAUUGCAUUGUGUUCUGUAGCAUUUGGUUUUUACCUUUUUAGAAAGAUUAAGAAUGCUGAUGUGAUAGAGGCUUGGGAGCUUGAAGUUGGGCCUCAUAGAUACUCGUAUCAAGAGCUCAAGAAAGCUACAAAAGGUUUCAAGGAGAAACAGUUACUUGGGCAGGGUGGUUUUGGCAAAGUUUUCAAAGGUAUGUUGCCGAAAUCGAAGAUUGAAGUAGCUGUUAAGAGAGUUUCACAUGAAUCAAAACAAGGGCUGAGGGAAUUCGUGUCUGAAAUCGCUAGCAUAGGUCGGCUUCGCCAUCGGAAUUUGGUUAUGUUACUCGGGUGGUGUCGCCGCAGAGGCGACCUUUUACUUGUGUAUGAUUUCAUGGCGAAUGGAAGCUUAGACAAGUACUUGUUUGAAGAUACAGAAUUUGUGCUAAGUUGGGAACAAAGGUUUAAGAUAAUAAAGGGUGUUGCUUCGGGUCUUUUGUAUCUACAUGAAGGGUAUGAACAAGUGGUAAUACAUAGAGAUGUUAAAGCUAGCAAUGUGCUUUUAGAUUUUGAACUCAACGGAAGAUUAGGCGAUUUUGGUUUGGCAAGGUUAUAUGAGCAUGGUGCAAAUCCCGGCACCACAAGAGUGGUGGGAACCUUAGGAUAUUUGGCACCGGAGUUACCUAGAACCGGAAGAGCAACAACAAGCUCCGACGUAUUUGCAUUCGGCGCGCUUCUUCUCGAGGUUGUUUGCGGAAGAAGGCCUAUUGAACCUAAGGCGUUACAAGAAGAGUUGGUGUUAGUAGAUUGGGUUUGGGAAAGGUUCAAGGAAGGAAGAACGUUUGAAGUAGUAGAUCCUAAAUUGAAUGGUGAUUUUGUCGAAAGUGAGGUAAUGGCGGUGGUGAAAUUAGGGUUGAUAUGUUCAAAUGAUGUUCCUACUAUAAGGCCUAGCAUGAGACAAGUAGUAAGGAUUUUGGAUGGAGAAGUAGAGUUGCCAAAUGAAUUGAGAAAACCAGGAGGUAUUGAUUCACAAGAAGGGUUUGAUGAAUUCUUGCAUUCUCUUGCAUCUUCUUCAUUUGAUAAGAUGAGUUCAAGUUCAUAUAUUGGAAAUAGAGAUAUUGAUACUAGUUUUAUCACUUUUGGUAAUUCACCUCAAUCAAUUCUCAAUGCUAGAGGAGAAACAAGGUGACUAUAUAUAUACUACAUUAUAUACUCAUGAUUUAAGAUGGAUUUUGAGGUUUUAGGCAUGAUGUUUGAAAUUGGAAAAUUAGCAAGUUCCAAUUUUCUUACAUGUUGUAUUGUAAAAACUAAAAAGUUUUGGACACUAUGAAUCAAAGUGGAAAAUUUGUAUGUUUAGUUUGGAAAGUAUCAAAAUUGAUUUUACUCUA